CUUCCUGGUUUUCACUACCGGUUUUCUAAAAGAGAAGCGAGGUUUGGAGGAAACAGGAUUUUUUUUCUGACCCUUCGGGGGGUCUUGCAGGGAUGUCAGCUAAUUCGCCUGUUGGGUUUUAUCGUCAGGAACUAAACAAAACGCUAUGGGAAGUUCCACAGAGGUACCAGAACUUGACACCUGUAGGAUCUGGGGCCUACGGUUCUGUGUGCUCGGCAUUUGAUGCUAAUACUGGACUUCGUGUGGCAGUGAAAAAGCUCUCAAGGCCUUUCCAGUCCAUCAUCCAUGCCAAGCGCACAUAUAGAGAGCUGCGUCUGCUUAAGCACAUGAAACAUGAGAACGUUAUUGGACUUCUAGAUGUCUUUACACCAGCAAAAUCUUUUCAGGAAUUCAAUGAUGUGUAUCUGGUAACACAUUUAAUGGGUGCAGACCUUAAUAAUAUUGUAAAGUGUCAGAAGCUGACUGAUGACCAUGUGCAAUUCUUGAUCUAUCAAAUACUUCGAGGCUUGAAGUACAUUCAUUCUGCCGAUAUAAUCCAUAGAGACUUGAAGCCAAGCAAUCUUGCAGUAAACGAAGACUGUGAGCUGAAGAUACUUGACUUUGGCUUAGCACGUCAUACAGAUGAAGAAAUGACUGGUUAUGUGGCAACAAGGUGGUACCGGGCACCAGAAAUUAUGUUGAAUUGGAUGCAUUAUAAUCAGACAGUUGAUAUCUGGUCAGUGGGAUGUAUAAUGGCUGAACUUUUGACAGGAAGAACCUUGUUCCCAGGCACAGACCAUAUUAACCAGCUGCAGCAGAUCAUGCGUCUGACAGGAACACCUCCCUCUUAUCUCAUUAACAGGAUGCCCAGUCAUGAGGCUCGAAACUACAUUCAAUCACUCCCAUACAUGGCAAAGAUGAAUUUUGAGGAUGUGUUUCUGGGUGCCAACCCUCAAGCUGUGGAUUUGCUAGAGAAAAUGUUGGUUCUGGAUACUGAUAAACGAAUUACUGCAGCUGAGGCAUUGGCUCAUUCCUACUUUGCUCAGUACCAUGACCCAGAUGAUGAGCCUGUAGCAGAGCCCUACGACCAGAGCUUUGAAAGCCGUGAACUGGACAUUGAAGAGUGGAAGAGUCUCACAUAUGAGGAAGUUGUCAGCUUCAUACCUCCCCCUCUUGACUCAGAAGAGAUGGAAUCUUGAGGAUGUUCUGAAACGGUCCUAAAUCACUGUGAAUGUAGGGGAUUACCUCUGCACACACCCCUGCUGUCAUACAAAGUGCCUAAAAGGCUGUGGGUGUGUGGGAUUUACACAGAUCUUUCUUAUCUCUAUAUUUUGCUUUGCUGGCAACCUAUAUUUAUAUAGAAUUUCUAUGUAACUGUUGCAUGCCCUUCAGAUACCUGCCUAUUUUCACAGUAUAUCCUGUUCAUAUCCCGAUUUUUUUUUUU